AUGCGGUCGCUCCUUUCACUCUGCUUGCUCUUCCUGGCUGCCACUGUGCACGCUGUUAGUGUUACCGGCAGUCGGCUCCUGGCGAUCCUGGACGAUGUUUCUGAGAAGGAGGGCUACUCCAAGUUUCUGGAAGAUCUAGAAAGCCGGGGAUUCAGUAUCACCUACGAGACGCCCAAGAGCGAGUCUCUGAAGCUGUUCACGCUCGGCGAGCGAGUGUAUGACCAUCUUCUGCUCUUUCCCUCCAAGGUCAAGGGUCUCGGACCCAACCUGACUCCCAACAUCCUCGUCCAGUUCAUCAACGCUAAGGGCAACAUCCUGCUUGCCCUGUCCUCCAACGCGACCGUCCCCACCUCAAUCGUGAGCCUCCUGGCCGAGCUCGACAUCGCCCUCCCCGCAGACCGCACCGGUCUCGUAGUCGACCACUUCAACUACGACACAAUCAGCGCCGCCGAGAAGCACGAUGUCCUCGCUAUCCCCGCCCCCAAGUCGUCGCGCGCCGGCGUGAAGGACUUCUUCUAUGAGGACGGCCAGGUCAUUGCCUUCCCCAGCGGCGUCGGCCACGUCCUCGGCACUGGCCCGCUCCUCACCCCGAUCCUGCGCGCCCCCAAGACGGCCUACAGCUACAACCCUAAGGAGCAGGCCGUGGUUCUCGAUGCCAACGAGCUCUUUGCUGCCGGCGAGCAGCUCGGUCUCGUGUCCGCCUUCCAGGCGCGCAACAGCGCCCGCUUCACUAUCGUUGGAUCCGCCGAGUUGUUGAGCGACAAGUGGUUCGACGCCAAGAUCAAGUCGGCGGCCACGGGCAAGGAGGUUGUGACGUGGAACCGUGAGUUCGCCAAGAGGAUUGCGGGCUGGACUUUUCACGAGAUUGGUGUCUUGAGGGUGAACAACAUUGAACACCACCUCAACGAGGCUGCCAACGAGACUAACCUCGAGAUCUACCGCGUCAAGAACGAUGUGACCUACACCAUCUCCCUUUCCGAAUACUCUUGGGACAAGUGGACACCCUUCACCGUACCCAAGGACGACGCUCUCCAACUCGAGUUCAGCAUGCUGACCCCCUUCCAUCGCCUCCCGCUCGCGCACAAGGCCAGCACAGCCGACGCCUCCACUUACACCGCCUCCUUCGUCCUCCCCGAUCAGCACGGUAUCUUCAACUUCAAGAUCAAUUACAAGCGCCCCUUCUUGACCAACGUCGAGGAGAAGAACACAGUCUCUGUCCGCCACAUGGCCCACGACGAGUGGCCUCGCUCCUAUGUCAUUUCGGGUGCGUGGCCUUGGUUGACUGGCAUCUUCGCCACCGUCACCGGCUUUGUUCUCUUCUCUGCCGUGUGGAUGUACAGUGCGCCCACGGGCACCGCGACUGCGACCAAAAAGACACAGUAAGCGACGAAAUUGGGAGGAUGAGUGGGAUUCGGGUUGAGAAAUGCAGAUACCGAAGCGAAGAAAGCCCACAAACGUUUGCUGUGACUUAUGAAACUGGGAUAGAUGGAGAGUGGAAGACAGAGAGAAAGCAAAAGAACGAGAACUGGAAUCGGCUCUGGGAUCCGCGGAGGCUUGUAACUGUAGUGUACAUCUGGCAUGGGAUGCCCCGUUGCGUUGGGGCCAAAAGCUUAGAUAUCAAAUGACUUUUACGUUCUGGAGUGGUUCGCCGGUGCUUUUGGUGUUCUGAGCAUAGCCAACUCUCUUGACCAAAAGUCGGUCUUUAAAGGUGAGUGCACCCGGAGAUCGAAAUCACAAGAAUAGGUAUGUCAUUGCGGCAACAACAGGUUGCCGACUAGGAUGAGCUUCAUUAAAUAUUU